CUACCGUUCCUGGCCUACCCGGUGGCGCCUAUAAAAGAGCACCAAGAUCGCCUCCAAGUCUGCAUUAAUUGCGCUUGUAGCUCCAUCUCCAAAUCACGUUGCGAGAGCUCGAUCGAUCAGCCAUGGAAAACAACCAGCAGCAGCAGCAGCCGGCCGCUCCGGCCGCCGCGAGCGCCCCGCCGCAGUACAGGGGCGUGAGGAGGCGGAAGUGGGGCAAGUGGGUCUCCGAGAUCCGGCAGCCGGGCACCAAGGUCCGCGUCUGGCUCGGCAGCUUCGACUCCGCCGAGGCCGCCGCCGUGGCGCACGACGUGGCCGCGCUGUGCCUGCGCGGCCGCGACGCGCAGCUCAACUUCCCCGGGUCGGCGGGCUGGCUGCCCCGGCCGGCCAGCACAGACCCGGCCGACGUCCGCGCCGCGGCGGCGGAGGCAGCCGAGCGCGUGCGCCGCGAGCCGGCGCUUAUAGCCGCCGCUACCGCGAGCAACCAGCUGGCGGCCGAGCCUGACCUGGCCGUGGGCGGCGGUGGCGACUUUGACGAUGACCUGGAGUCGCCCAGGCUGUGGGCCGAGAUGGCAGAGGCCAUGCUGCUGGACCCACCCAAGUGGGGCCCUGAUGGCAGCGACGCGGCUGAGGGCUCUCAGUCGCACUGGCCCCAAGGGUCCCUGUGGGAUGCAUGCUAG